CGCCCCCACGACUAGCGAGCCUGUAAUGAUUUUCUAAAAUGGCGUCACACCGCGACAAUUGACAUUUCCGGGACUGGUCUCGUAGUGCCGUUGUGGUCGUGCGUACACCGCCCGGUUGCGUUGUUCGUUUUGUACGUUUCGCCGUCACAAUUAUUAUUGUUAUUAUUAGUAUCCCGUUAUCGUAUCGCGGUAAUUGUUUGCGGCGUGUUGUUAUCCGUCAGCGGUGUUGUUCCUGACUUGCGGUGUAAACGCGUAGGCGGUGUGAACGCUGCUGCGGCCGAAAACGAUUGGUAUAUUUUAAUUUUGUCAAACCCGGUAUUGCAAAUGGUACUGUCGUCGUGUUCUUGACGUCUGUCCCGUAGUGUGUGCAUCGAGCGCGCACCCCUAGAGUAUUCCCGUUGUGGACGGACACCGCCGGCGCGGCUUACCAGACGCCCGGGACGACUUUUGCAGACUUACCACCUAGACAGUGGACACCACCAUCGCGGCACACCACUUCAAUGCGAUAAAAAAAAUGUAGAAAAAACAUAAGCUUAUGUUACAUUUGCGUCAAUAGCGAUACAAACAUUAAGUAAAAAAAAAACAAAAAUGGCCAGAAUGUUACAAGAGAAUGUUGUCACCUACAAAACGCCAGCAUUGGCGCACAUAUUUCAUUCGUUUCCGCAUUUGAACGUCACCGGCCACCACGUUAAUUCUGUGUUUGCACCACGCAGUGAACUCUACAUAGAAUCGCUUGGAAUUUUGGGAUCAGUUCCUUCAGUAUGGCUGAUAAUCACAUUGUUUUUGCUGUUAAUUUACCUGAUGACAAGAUGUUGUGAUCGAAAACCUCGACCUAGACAUAGUAUUGUCGUGCUCAAAUGGACCCUAGCAAUAUUUACCGUUUUAUCGUGUGCCGCUGUUGGCGUUAGUUUGUAUGGCAACGAUGACCUGCAUAACGGAGUUGCUCAAUUCGUUACGUCGGCCAGAGCUCUAGACGACUUGGUUAUAAACGUCAAAAAUCAGACGUCUUCAAUAGAAGUAUUACUACAAGUGAACAUUCACGACAAGCUCACCAAUAUUGGCGACAUCAUAGAUUCCCCCGUCGCCAAUUUAACAGCUCGAGGACAAAUAGUCAACGCAUUGAGCACACUAGUCGGCAAUGCAGCGGCGACUUUGUCUAACAUUCGUGGAAUUAGCAAUUCUUUACGCGGCGUCAAUCUCACUCCGUUCGUCAACGACGUGUACCUGAUGGAAACCAUAAGAUGGCCGUUGACCAUGGGAGUUCUUAGCAUUUUAUUGGUAUUUUGCGUCAUACUUUUGUUUGGAGUCGCUAGACAUUCACGUUGUGCUUUAAUCAUGUUUUCGGUUUUCGGACUUUUUGCCGUUAUAAUAUCUUGGCUGACCGCGUCCAUUUAUCUUACUGCUGCCGUUGCACUUGGCGAUUUUUGUGUUAAUCCAAACGAAUGGUUGGAACAUGAUUGGGCGCCAACGUCUUUGCGCCCGGACAUGCUGUCCUUCUACACAAUGUGCGAAGGUAGUAAUAAUCCGACUGGUACCACGCGCUCUAAUCCUUUUGGGGUGGCCAUACGCCAAGCGUCGCAAGCGGUAGACGCCACCAAUUUGCAAUUGGAUACGGUCACGCGUCUCGCAAAAACAUUGUAUCCACCGUCGAAUACAAACGAAGACAUGCCAAUGUUGUUGAACAGAAUGAGAAUGGACGUCGAGUCUGCCGCCAGAAUGGUGUCUGCCCUACCAGCAUCGCUCGAGUGUCGACAAAUACACGUGCAGUACAACCGGGCUUUACACGCGUCUUGUGAUCUCGCUUUAUUUGGAUUGGCAUUGAUGUUGUUGGCGAGUAUCGUGUCCGGACUGUUCUUUACGAUUCUCGUUUGGUUAGAUUUUCACACUUGGAUUUACAUUAGGAAGAAGCAAGACUACAUCAAAGCCGAAGAGAGAGAUCCAUUCUUAGGACGGCCGGGUUCAACAGCCAGUAGCUCGCAGUCCCAUGGCCAUCAAAUGUCGACAUUGACACGAAACCAAGGACCGAGAGAUGAAUAUGGAAUGGGCAGCGGCAUAUCGACAUUGAACGGCCGCAGUGGAGGUUACACGCACGAAGGCGGAUCGUCCAAAGUCGGCCCUCAGUACGCUACUCUGAACAGGAAAUUCCGUACGCUCGAGCAUCCAGGUGUUCGCGGCGUGCCGCUUCCACCUCCUUCAUUCCGAGGCUCUGCCGGUGCAUCGUCGUACUCGAACACAUUGGGUUACAUGCGCAAAAACAACCAGCCGGCGGACCGUCAAUAUUCGACUUUAAGCCGUAAGUGCAAAACACUAGAGUCUUCGGACUUUUACUGAAACGAGCCGACCUCUGUUGAUCAUACACCGAUAUCGACGAUCAGCGGGAGUUCCCUGUCGACAUUUGCGAGACCGACCACUGUACCUGAAACUUCCUAUCAGAUUACAGAACUGUAAAACUUUAAUUAUCAGUCGAUUAUAUAUUUCUUAAGCCAACAUUGUCAUUUUUCAGUUUGUGUUAAUUUGGAAUUCGAGUAUAGAUUAUAUUGAGAAACAAGAGGGGUUCAGAUGUUAAGCACAGUUUUUUCCCAUAACUACACUCUUUGGUAUACCGUACGCUUCCUUUUUGUCUUUCUUUUCUAACGACAAUAGUUUAUCGUGUAGAUUUGGAUCAACGUUACACUAUUUUUUUUUUUUGCCUCUUCAAAUUUUAACACAAUUUUAUUUAUGUACACAUUUCACGCAUACAUUUUUUUUUUUUUUUUGUACUUUUUGACUACUAUCUAUAAUAAUUCAAACUAUGACAAUGUUUCUAGUCAUGUGUUUUUUUUUAAUUCUAUUAUUAUUAUUAUUAUAUAUUUUUCUAUAUAUAAUGUGCUUAAAAAUCUAUCCUGAACCAUAGUCUAGUCAACAAUAACUGGCUCGUCUUCACACUUUUUUUAAUUUUAAUUUGGCUAUAAAAAAAUAUAUAUAUAUAUAUAUAAAACAAACAAUAAGAAAAAAGUCUCGUCAUAAAAUGUUGGUCGGCAGAGGUCGCCUUUUAUCAAUCGGGUUAUAUUUUCUAAUAUUAUGUUCCUCGGUCUAAGAGUGUAAGUAACUGUUAAAAAUUGUCAUUUAUUUCUAAUUUAAUGUGUAUUGUAUUAUAUUAUAAUUUUGAAUAUUGUUAUAGAUAAUAAUAAUGAUAAAAUGUUUGUAAAUAGAAAGAACCUAGCAACAUAAAAAAAAUAUGUACCUAAAAAGUUUUUUAAAUAUAUUAAUUGUGCCCCAUAAAAAAAAGGAAAAAAAUUAAAAAGUAUUAGUUGUUUGUUAUGGUAUUAAACAUUAUCUCAAAGAAAAUUUAAUUAUUAUUAUUAUUUUUAAAUUAAAAAACUCAUAGAUAAUGUAUUCCAACUAUAUGUCUUUCGUGUCCGAUGAAUGUUGUAUAUUUUCUUUUUUUCUUUUUACUAAUAUACUUUUUUCUAUUCUAGAGUAUAAAACUAUGUUAUAUAUUAUAUUCUUAAAUGUUUCGACUAAGAUACGAACAAUUUAUAGUGUUAUUAUUAGCCUUUGUCCUUCCCCUUCUUUAAUUUGUAUAAAUAUAUGUAUAUCGCACUAUCGCAGUCCUUAAAUUAUUAUAAAUGUCGUCGAAUAUAGAUUUAUAAUAUACCGGCUUCGGUUAGUCAAAACUUAUCGAGUCGAUAUAAUUAUCAUUACACCAAUAUAAUUGUGUCUGCCAUUCAAGCGAUAUCGAUUGUUUAAAAUUGUCAUGACGUUAUGCGUUUAUUAGCGGUGUAAAUAAAAAACAAAAUUGACAUUA